GAGGUCGAUCUUUCCGACCUAAAGGCUCCUGAGGACGAGGGCAUGACUGAGUACGCAGCAACAGAGGGAGGUGACGGAGAGCAGAAGUCAGUCCUGGGCUUUUUCAUCAAGGAUGAGCAAAAGGCCGAAGACGAGCUGGUGAAGAAGAGAGCAGCGUUCCUGCAGAAGCAGCAGAAGAAAGCCGAAGAGGCUCGGCUCCGUAAACAACAACUAAAAGCAGAAUCUGAGCUGAAACGAGAUGAAGCACGACGGAAGGCUGAGGAGGAGCGGCAGCGGAAAGAGGACGAAAAGACACGGAGGGAGCUGAUAAAGCAGGAGUACCUGCGGAGGAAGCAGCAGGAGAUGUUGGAGGAGCACGGCCUGGUAAAGCCCAAGACUCCCAAACCCAAGCAGAAACACAGACCAAAGACUGUGUUGAGAGAGGAAUCCUCCAGUGACAACUUUUCCAAAGGCUCUUCCACACCUGAUAACCUGAGCACAGCCCAAUCUGGCUCCAGUCUCUCUCUGGCCUCUGCAACAAAUGAGGCCGACAGCGUCAACUCUGGAGGAGCUGGCUCCCAAUGCUGUGACUCUGUGGAGUCGUUUCCUGGCAGUCGUAACAACAGUCGAGCUGCAGAGAGAGACUGGGACAACGGCUCCACGGCUUCAUCCAUCGCAUCCUUGGCUGAAUAUACAGGUCCUAAACUCUUUAAGGAGCCCAGUGCAAAGUCAAACAAGCCAAUCAUCCACAAUGCAAUCUCUCACUGCUGCCUGGCUGGAAAAGUCAAUGAGCCGCAAAAGAACCAGAUCCUUGAGGAAUUGGAGAAAUGCGAGUCCAACCAUCUGAUGAUCCUCUUCCGCGACGGCGGCUGCCAGUUAAGGGCACUGUACUCAUACUUCCCCGUCACCGAGGAGAUCCACAAGCUGACGGGCACCGGACCCAAGAGCAUCAGCAAGAAGAUGAUCGACAAACUGUACAAGUACAGCUCGGACCGCAAGCAAUUCACCAUCAUUCCCGCCAAGACCGUGUCAGUGAGCGUGGACGCCCUCACCAUCCACAACCACCUGUGGCAGCCCAAGAGGAACGCUGCGCCAAAGAAGAGUGCGAAAUAGUAGGGUGGAGUUUUGACUCAGUGUCCGACCAAUUAUCCUUCACUCAUCCUGCUUGUGUUCUAAAGAGACUGCCGCAGAGGACCCACAGUGGGGAAACGUGAACAUGUGGAGGUCAAUAGGUGGCAGUGUGGAGUUGAGAGGGUCACAGGUGGUGUGACAAAGAGAGUAAAGGUAAGCUAAAGUAAAGGUAAUUUUUCCCUCUCCAGGGAUUUUUCUUCCUGAAAAGAAAAUCGCAAACACUAUCGCUGCUCUGAACUUUCUUCUUCUGUUCUACGUAGAGGAGAUUGUCCGGUUUUCUCACACUUCCAUCUGCCUUGUUUUUUUUUUCCACACACCACAGUACUAAUGUCUAUUUAUUCAACUGCUUUUUAUGCUCAACACUGAUCGUGUAGCAUUGGAUGUAUGUAUAGCCAUUUUUUUAAGGAGCUUUUGAUUUUAACAUCACCAGGUUGUCACAAGUGGGAGAAUCAAAGGCCUUGGCUAAAAAAAACCAAUGUGUCUUACCUACUUUUAUUGGUGUGCUCUCUCUUUUUUUUUUUUUUUU